GUAUGAGUGCGUGCGCGCGCGUUCUCGUGCGGUAAGAUGGCAGCGACCUGGCGAGCCGCAGCGCUGGAGCAGGCCGAGCUCGUAUCGGAUCGUCUCCGGCGGCUCGCGUCUUCUGGGCUGCAUUUCCUCCACAGUGAGUUCGGGCUGGACUUGGGCGUGAACCCGGAGCUCUGGCCGUCGUGGGUGAUUAUAACCGCGACGCUGAUCGGGCUCCUGGUCGCGGUGUGGUGGGUCGUGGCCUGCGGCGGAGCUGCGAGGAGAAAACGGGGAACCGGUACGAAGGAAAGCAGCGUUAACGUCAACGUUACUGUAGCGGCUACUACCGUGACGGAUAGGGGCAAGGCCCCGCUGGCGAAGACGGUCAGAACUGAGGAACCGAAGAAAAAGAGCAAGAAGAAAGCGGGCGAAAAGAAGACCCAGCCAAAUGGCAGGACGGCUCCCGAGCAUCGAGAAGAAAUCAAAGUCAUUCAGGAGGCCCCUAAACAGGCGCCAGUAGUGGCGGCAGCGGCAGCACCACCGGCAGCGGCAGCAGCACCAGCACCACCACCAGCCCAACCACUUGCUGACAAAGUUGAUAAAGCCAAGAAAAGUAAGAAGAAAACAAAACCGGAGGUGAAGCAAAGCCAAAGUGUUUCUACCACAGAUGGAAAGGAGCCUGAUGAAGGUGCUUGGGAAACCAAGGUCAGUAACCGUGAGAAGCGUCAGCAGCGCAGGAAGGACAAGGGCCCUGGUGACGACUCGGGAAGCCCUGGAGGUGGCAAUCAUGCUGGCCAGCUGACAGAACAGCCUGUGGUUUCAGCCCCUGCAAACACCAAAAAGAACAAAGAAUUGUUAAAUUCAAAGGCUGAGAAGGCUGACAAGACUGAGAAGGCUGAGAAGCGUGUGGACAUUGAUGCAGCAGCACCACCCAGCUGGAAUCCUGUGAACAGUGGAAGUUGGACUGAAAAGCCAGUCAAGCUUCCACCUCAAGUAAGUGCUUCAGACAGUAAGAAGUGGUCUGUUGGCGUGAAAACGUCUGGACACAGGAACUCCGAACCCUUGGCUUGGGGGCAAGAAUCAGAAGGGUCAUGGGCUAACAUGGAUGGAAGAAUUAAGACGGAACUGAACACGGUGAAAUUCUCCAUGCUUGGAUUAAACUCAUCUGCUGGAAAUCCUGUGGCCCAGUCUGCUACUGACAUGGGGAAAUGGGAAACUGUCCCUGCUGUUGAUGUCCAGUGGUCUGGAUUCAAUGGUCUUGGAGCUGCGGAUCCAAGUUCAGACUGGAAUGCUCCAACUGAGGUGUGGGGGAACUAUGAGGAGGCCAAAGCUGAGACACCUGCUACUCAACAGACACCUGUUUCUCAGCUGCCAAAGUUGCAGGAUUCUGAGGAUGAAAAGGAGAAAGGAGAUCCUUCUGGAAGUAGCAAGUCCAAGAGAAAGAAGAGAAAGAAGAAGAAACCAGAGGAUGAAAAUACUGCCUCCCAGGUGAAUGCCGAGGGUAGACCUGCACCUGCGGAGAGCAGCGCUGUCAAGCCCCGUCCUCACGUUCCACAGGAGGAACCAGCCAAGCAGAAUGUCUUGCCACCUGCCAGUCAGAAGAAAACUGAGCAGAAUUGGGAACAACCGAAGCAGGUUCAAAAGAAAAAGGCCAGAAGAGAAACAUGAACCAUGAUAUGCAAAAUAAUUGACAAAAAUGUUUAUGCAAUAAUCUCAGAGUACAGAAUUUUAUACUGAAGUUAUUUGCUGUAGGAGUUGAAAUCCCAAAAAAGCAUAAACACCGAGUUAGACCCGCUCAGUCAAAAAAGGAGAAAAAAAGUAAAAAAAAAAGAGAAAAUUACAGCAAAAGAAUUAUCCAAGGAUCAGACAACUUAUGUGCACUAUGCUACACUGAAGUUUGCAGAGGAAUGAUUAUCCUUGGCAUCUCUUACUCUUGCAGUGCAGCAGAUUAAAGAUUAUUUUCCAACUGCUACUUUUGCAAAAUGUAUUAACCUGAAUCUGAGAAGUUUAAUAUCAUUUGGGAAAUUGCUGAAUUUUGAGAACGUUUACUUUUCUGCUUUCCAUUUGAUUGUUUCCUGUGGCACUUUUGUACCGCUGAAUUGAGUUCAGCAGUAUUGCAGUGUAGCAGUUAGUGUUAGAAGCCACUGAGAGGCACUGCGAGUCAGUACGAGCUGUAAUGAAGUACUUUAGUCAUCAGUAGAGGCAGUGAGAGAUUACUGUGUUUUUAUUGAUCUGGCUUGGAACAAAAGGAGAGUAUAAAUUACUAUUGAGACUUUUCUAACACUAAACAGAUUUUCUCAGUGCUUUUUUUUCUCUUCCCCUCCAUUUUUGUCUGUAGACCUGUACACACCUUUUGAGAUGUUUUGCAUUACCUUUGUCAUCUGUUAGAAUUCAAAGCUUUUUUUUUUCCUCUCUUGCAACCUCUGUCGUAGAAAAAGCCACGCCAUAUGUACAGAAUUAAUAAGGGCUUUUUUCUAUAAUUCUCUUUAAUUGCACUGUGCUGAAGGUUGUAAAAGUCUCUCUUUCCUUAUUUUUUGAUCUUAUUGAAAUGUGAACGUUUAAUUCCUGUUUGAUUUUUGUUUUGAUAUCUUGUAAUGAGUAGGUCAAAGUGAUUUUACUGGUGAGAGAUCUAAAAUGGUAAGAGCAGCUUUUCUUCCAUGCCACUAAUAGUAUCCGUAUCAGGAAGCUGUUGCCUUAAUCUGUUCUUUGUAGUGUAAGCAUCUGUCUUGAUUUUGUCUUCUUAACGAAAGGUGUGGAUUUAUCAUUUUGAUUGAUGUCAGAGCUGCACUUACUGCUGCACGAAUCUUUUAACCAUUUAUUGUAAUUGAAUACGCAUCCAGAUUCAUUGUCUACUCAUACAAGUACUACUCUGGAUAAAGGCUUUAAAGUAUGAUCCUGAAAUGGGUAUUGCUGUUGGCAAUACUGCGGUUUUUGCUAGAUCAAAAAAAAAUUGUACUCCCCUUUUCAGUAUCUUUUUUUUUUUGUGUUUUGUUUAUUUCCCUCCGUUUUAUAUUUUGGGCUUUGAGCCUUUGAAUUUAAAUGCAUCCAUGUGUGAGUUGACUGGUUGUUCAUCCCAUGGUCACUUUUGUAAACUAUGGUAGAUCCUAUGUAUUUGAGGUACUCUGGUUUAGAAUCAGACAUCUGCCUUAGUUUUUCAUUAGAGAGGUGACUAAACCGAUGUAUUUAUACAAUGUCUCUGGUUAAUGGAUGAUCAUGUUUACUGAAGUCAAUGCAAUAUUUCUAUGUUGAUUUGUUAAAAAUAAAUAAAACAUUUGAUCAUU